GCAUAGUAUAAAACAAGUCAUAUUUAUUGAAACGCUGUCAAUUGGAAAACGACUUCAAAACCGGACAUUGUAAUUAAGGGGAAGUUAAUCAAAGAUGGACGAUACCAUAAUUAACGAUCUGAUAGCUAAAGGUCAAGAUGAUUUGCUAAAUGGACGCAAAUUAGACGCAAAAAGGCGCGCACGUGAGGCACUAAUUCGAGCUGAACUGAGGAAGACAUCCUAUUUAUUAGAAGAGGAAUCGUCACUCACAGAACGCAUGCUUACCGAUUGGUUUCGGGAGUGCUGUAUGAUCUUUAAGGGGGUAGACGAAUAUGCGUUGUCUGUAAGAUGUUUUUAUUUAGCCACCUUGUUUGAUGUGGAAUGGACAAUCGAAACGCAUAAGAAUGUAUUAUCGAGACUUUUGGGUCUACUUGUGCAAAGUAUUUCUACGGAAAACCGCGUUGAAAAAUAUAAGGAAUUCGAAAAAAUGUUCCAUGAAAUGAAUUCUAUAUCAUCAGCUGCUGAACAACGAAAUAAAUUAACAUUAAGCUUACAAAUCGACAGCGAUAUUAUUCGUCAACAGAAAGAUCUCGUAUUUUGGCUAAGAUUGGGACCGCUUAACAUCUGGAACAAUAAUAAUAUACAUUCGUUACUACUAAGAAUCGCAAGAAGUUACUUUAAACUGAAUGUACACUCGGAAGUUGUUGGAGUAACCGAGAUUGUUUUAAAGGAUUUCGGACAGAAUGACAACAUCACUGCUAUAGAGAUGUCGGCAAAAUCCUUGCAAGCACUGGGACAAAUACAGAAAUCAAUUGCCCGCUGCAGAUUGGGACUGAAUAAUGCAAAGAGUGAUGAACAGAAGGCGAUGUUUUUGAAUCUCAUGAAAAUACUAGAAGAUCAAAAAUCGCAGGAAAGUUACAGAGAAUGCAGGAGUUGGUUAAAAGAGACAAAUAUUGACACUGGAAGAAAUGAGAGGAAGGCAACACCAGCGAGUAAAAAACAUACACGACAUCGCAGGCCAAAAGCGAGGAAUCCUAGCUUUCCAACCCCCGAAGCUGCAAAAGAAGCAUUGGAUGUGGAAUUGUGUAUAAGAAAUCACAAAGAAACGAAUAUUCAUGUUUCUCAUGUUAAUCUACAGAAUAUAGCUGUUAUGCCAGUGAAUCUUGGUAAACCACAAGGUGAAGAAGGUAUGAUAUACCACACCGAAAUUGUGCGUAAUAAAAGAUAUGACGGUUCAGAUACUAGUUCAUUUUCUGGUGAGUCAAGUUCUGAUGACGAUUAUGAGGCUGUACGCAAUCCUGAAGAUUCAAUAUUGUUGGACAGUUCUGGAGCGGACGAAACAAACAUUGACUCAGAUGAUGCAAUAUCGUUGGAUAAAUAUGAAACUGAUGUGUAUGAACAUGCUGACGAUAAAACCGAUUUUUAUGAACAGAGUAAAUGUUUACAUAAAGAUGAAAUACCAAUAAAUUUCCACGAGGAAGAACUCUGGGUAAAAAAUGGUCUGCAGUUAAAACCCGGUUUCGUUAACCAAUUUAAACCAAAGAAACAUUUCGAUCAUGUUUACGAGGAUUGUGAAAAUGAAACAGAAUUACUAGAAAAACUUAAUUCCAACCCUGCAAAGUAUGUAAGGUGUAUAAUUCAUCAUGAUGGAUGUCACAAUGCAAUAUGCAACCCUGUUGACAAACUGAGUGAAGUUCCAACCAUACACAUAUCAGGGCGAUCAAAGAUUGGGAGAACAUUUAAUGAAGAUGAAGUCCUCGUCGAGGUGUUAAGCCGAAACAAAACAUCAGAGGAGGUGAAUGGACAAGUGUUAGGUGUUUUUAGGCGCAACAGAUACCAAGGUAUCAAACAUCCUGUAUUUAUAUGUACUGUUGAUGAAAAUGGAAGCCAUUUGCUACGACCCAUGUGUAAAACGGUCCCAAAAAUUAAAAUAAGCACAUCUUAUUUGCGAUCGGAUUACAACAGACCGAUAUUUACUGUUUAUGAUUAUAACGAACGUUUGGGAGUUUUAACAAAAUCUACUGAUGUCAAGGUAUCCUCAAAAGAACAUCUUUGUGUGUUUCUGGUAGUGUUUAUUACGUGGAGUUCAACGUUUACAUAUCCACUCGGAAGGAUUGUAAAAAUCUUACCAUGGGGAAAUACUGUAGCCAGGGGAUUAACAAUUUUGAAUAUGCAACAUGAAGUACAUUCAAUAUACAGUAAGGAAACAAUAGAUCAAGUGAAUGAUUUGCAACUAUCUGAAGGACUUGACGAACCAAGCACUGAAAAGCAACAGAACAGAAUGGAUUGUACAUUGCUAGACGCAUUUACAAUUGACCCACCAGGCGCAGAAGACCUUGACGAUGCCCUGAGCUUAGAAUGUAGGGAGGACGAAUUACAUGUUGGUGUACACAUAUCUGAUGUUACUGAGUAUGUAAUGAAAGACGAUGCAUACGACAACGAUGCGAAACAAAGAUUGUUGACUUUCUAUCCAAAAAUUGACAGACCAAGGCAUAUGCUGCCUGAACCAAUUAGUACUAGAAAAUGUAGCCUGUUGGAAGGAAAACGAAGGCUUACAUUAUCAGUAUUUUAUUGUUUUGAUAAACAUGGAAAAAGAAAUCAAAUCAAUACUCAAGAUAUUGUUCGACCAACAGUUAUAAAAUCUAGAAAACAAUUUUCAUAUUCACAAGCUCAAUCGAUCAUCAAGAAAAAAGAGUCUGAACAUGAAAUAACUAAAAUCGAAAAAGAUUUGAAGAUUAUGUUUAAAAUUGCUUGUGUACUUCGUAAACAGCGAUUGGGAAAUGCAAUGCAUGCAUCACAGGCUGUAUUUAAUGACAGAGGCGCCGAAGAUAAUGAACACGAAGCUCAUAUUCUGGUAGAAGAGUUCAUGAUUCUCACCAACAUUACGGUCGGAAAAAUGUUGUAUAAACAAUUUCCAGAGUGUGUUCCUGUAAGGUACCAACCACCGCCGUCCGAUGAAAAUAUGCACGAAUUUCUGCGGAAAAACGGCGUAUUUAUUGAUGUAGUGGCAAACCUGCAAGAUAGAUGCAUAGGAGGCAACAUUCGGGGUUUACACACACUUCUUGCUAUGGAUAACCAGUCGGUUACGGGAAAACAUGUGACAGUUCCAAAAAAUAUGUGGCAAGCUAUAAAAGAUCACAGAAUACCGAAGCAAAUGCUGAUGUGCGACUACAUGCUUCCCAUUCAGCAUGUUACACUCCAAGAUUGGAAUUUUAUUCAAGAAAGGGCCGGAUAUAUCUGCUGUAACGGACACAAGUCCGAUGCUGACGAUUGCAAGCAUUACCAUCUUGAUGCCUUCCCAUAUGUUCAUUUCACUUCGCCCAUUCGACGGUUUAUCGAUAUUGUUAUUCACCGGCUUGUACACGCGUUUCUCAACGAUGAACCAUGUCCAUAUACAUCAACCGAAAUCAAAUCAAUUUGCAAUCAGUUGUGUUCAAAGGAGAAACAAGCCAAAGAAUACAGCAAAAAUUGUCAACUGCUAAAGAGAGCUUUGGAACUGCAAACACAACCACAGAUGUUACAGUGUUAUGUGGAGGAUGUUUCUACAAGUGGCAUAAUUUUUUGCACACCAUCGUUGAAAAAUGUUACAAAAACAGAUAGAACAUUGACUUUUAAUCGUUUAGAGAUGGGUCAUAAACCUGAGCUUAUGCAAGCUGAAACAGAAACAGAAACAUGUGUAAGAGCAACGUGGAGGAAAAGGUUGUACGACUGCAAAGGAACAGCUUUCAAAUAUCCAAAAGAGGCUCUCAAAAAGGCAUGUUUACCAUUGAAUCCUAACAAAAACGUCAUCUUAAUACCACUUGCAACAUGGGCCCACAUGAUAAAAUCCGCACUAAACGGUCACAAUGCUGAUUUCGAAAAAAAACUAUUAUUCGCAGCAGCGCAGCAUUCAUCGCUUAUCUCAGGUUUUGAUGAUGUCAGUACCGAAAGUGUCGAUUUGAAAGAUCUGAAACCAUGUACGAAAUUUUCAUUUGAUUUCAAGAGAGGUCAGGUGAUAAAUAUCCAAAUGUUAGCUGGACCAUUACGUGGCAUUAUGGUUCCUAAACCUAUGUGCUUAAAACUGACGGAUACUAUUUGCUUUUGUUUGUUGCAUACAGAAGAUCCCGUGUUUUACCUUUCUAACUACUCCAGUGUGGCAAUAUCAAAGUCCUUCCGUAAUGUCACUCAAUAUGUACAUGAAUGGCUGCCACUCAUUCUCAUGGAGUCUGCCGCCAGCACAGUGGGUUGCACGAAUGAUAAUUUUUGCAUAAAUAACGUAAAUAUAAACUUUACCUCGGGGGCUAUAGGCAAGUUCGCGCUUUCAACCAAACACUGUGAUGAAAGAAAUAUAGAACUAUCUGGUAUACAAAGGGACGAGUCGAUCAAGGGUGAUGAAGAGGCAUAUACACGUGAUUCUGCUGACGUUAUAAAAUCUUACGAUUGGAUUUGCAUUAAAGCUCUUUACCCAUUAGAUUCAAGUACAUCCCACAAUGGUGACUACUGGAUAGCUCAUGGAACAAUCACAGGUGUCCAGAAAAAGAGUCUUGAAAGUGAUAAAAUUAUAGUGUCUUUUAAAUUGACAGCAAGGUCGGGAACUGUUCCUGGUGAGUUAUCGUCUGGGAAUUCGAAAUACAGCAUUGAAGUCUUAAAGAAAGGCAACGUCGACGGUCGGAUUGAGGGAUUCAUUAAAACUCUUGAAAGGUCAUCAGAAUGUCUUCCAAAACGAAUUGCUAUCAAACAGCGAAUACCAGAUUUGGAUGCUGAAUAUAAAGAAGCUCUAACAGGGAUAAAGUUAGAUCUUCCUCGGCAAUAUAUGCCUUUAAACAAUCGAAAACAACAAGAAGCGAUCAAUAAAGCAAUGCGAUCUCGUUUUACCUUGAUACAAGGACCUCCUGGAACUGGAAAAACAAUCACUGGCAUCAAACUGCUUUAUCUUUUCGACCAAAUAAAUGAAAAGAUCAGUCGUCAGCGUUCACUGAGGAAGCGCGUGUUAUUCUGUGGUCCAUCGAACAAAUGCGUGGAUCUUGUCGCAAGAGAGAUGCUUGGAAUGGGAAACUAUGCUCCUAAAUUUGUCAGAGUUUAUGGAAAAUCGCUUGAAGCCAAAGAUUUCCCAAUACCUGGCAAAGUGUUCCAAACCCCAAAGAAUUUAGAGUCCGCUUAUGAUCUACGAAGCGUUUCCUUGCAUCAUAUAAUUCGCCAAAGAGGAAAGCCGUACGCUGUUGAAAUAAAGGAGUUGGAUGACUAUUUUAAAGACAAUUUGUAUAGACCAAUGCCAGAGAAAAUAAAAGAAUACCAGGACUUAAUUCAUUCUGCAAGUGAGAAUGAAAUUACGGAAUACAAUGUUAUUCUUUGCACCACAGAUGUUGCGACUAACGCUAGGCUACUAAAAGCACUACAAAUACAACAGCUUAUCGUGGAUGAAGCCGGCAUGUGUCCUGAACCAAAAUGUUUGGUUCCUAUUAUCGCUUCAAAGGCAGAGCAAGUUGUUCUUAUUGGGGACCAUAUGCAAUUGCGACCAAUCAUCAAAUGCAAGGAGGCAGCUGAACUUGGAAUGGACACGUCUCUGUUUGAACGAUAUGCGCUCAAUAGUGAUUCCGAGAAACUUAAAAAUAACGUGAACUUUACCAUGUUGGAUAGGCAGUAUAGAAUGCAUCCGCGAAUAUGUGACCUUCCAUCAGAGUUGUUUUAUGAGGGCAGGCUUCAGACUGCCCGAAAUGUUGGCACAGAUAAGCCUUUACCGAUUUGGCCAGAGCACGAAACGCUUGGUACAAUUCCUCGGGUAUUCGUGCAUCUUGUGGGAAAUGAAGAAAUGCUCACAGUUUCGACCGAAGAUGGCAAUGAAAUGUCGAAAAGCAAUGCUGUAGAGGUAGAUUAUGUCGUUGAACUGUAUGGAUAUUUGAUAUCACAGGCCUCCAGUGUUUUCAUCUUGUCGCAAUACAACGCACAAUGUGCGGAAAUAAAGAGGAAGUUACGAGAAAAUUAUUUAAAUGAUGAAUAUGUGAGCACAGUGGUUUCAAGUCAAGGUGGAGAGUGGGAUUACGUGAUCUUCAGUACUGUACGAUCUCUGCCUGAAUACAAAAUUGAGAAGAACCCCACCUUGGGCUGGUGCAAAUACAAUCUGGGUUUUAUCACCGACCAGAACCAGGUCCACGUAGCCAUUACAAGAGCCAGGAAGGGUCUCGUCAUCGUUGGAAACAAGCAUCUUCUACGGUGUGACAGGACUUGGAAUACAAUCCUUGAAGACUAUGAACAUUACGGCUGCAUUAAAACUCCGCAGGAAUUCCCGCCACCAAACAAGCGGUUGCCAAGACGGGAAAUAAUGGCCCGUGAGCAGGCGCACAAUUACAGAAGACAUGGCGAGACCAUUUAUGAACGCGGGCAGGCCACCUCAUACGAUGGACCAAUCGAUGAAACACCAACAUCGCGAUUUCGAAAUCGCGGCGGUGUUUUUGCGAGACCAGGCUACCGUAAUUGAUCAUUUUAACAUGGGAGCUGGUACCUGAAGAAAGUUGUGGCAUUGACAAGUGUUUUCUGAGGUUGUUUGCAUUUUCACAUAUUUAUUUUAAGUUGCUUAUAAUAUGCAGAGUGUGAGUAACGUAUUUGUUUAUCCGUCUUCGUCUUUUAUUAUUUGUGUGUUGUUGUGUCACACGAUGCAUAACCAUGAUAUUUCAAGCUCUCAGUUUUGAUAAAUUGUUUGAGUAAUUCGCUCUACAUACGAUUUGCGUUGAAUCUGCCGAACAAGUAUAGGUUACAGUAUACUAAAAAAUCGUGUCUUGUAGGGCUGUACUCUCUAAAAAAAAUAGCAUAGUUGACUCGAAGGCAUGUUUUACACGUUUAACUAUUGUUCUGUUUUUUUUUUCUUUUGGCGAUAGUGGUAGGGUAUAAAUAGGUUUUCACUAAAUAUCCCUGAAAUAUGAUGAUUUUAGACACUGUAGUAAAACAUUGCAUUGAAAAAGGUUACAUUCCGCUCGAAUACGGCCGGAAAAAAGGUUGCAAAAACAGUUGAUGUUGAUUUGUGUCAAGUUUUUCCUUGGUUUGUACAUGACAUAUCUUUUUUAUUGAA